CAGAUGUCAGAUUUUAGAUUGUCAAUGUGAGAUGUGAGUGUGAGUUGUUUUUGUUGGAUUUAUAAUUUUAGUUUUAAAUUUGUAAUUAAAGUCGACGUGUUUGAUAUCACCUAUAUUCUAGCUGUCAAAAUUAAUUUGAGCCACGUUGGAAGUAAAAUUCUUCAUUAUUUUCAGUCUGUUUGAAUUGUUUAUGGAUUUCAAUUUAACGGACAAUAAGUUAUCCUCCUAAAGAUGAAGGUAAAAGAUAUAGAACGCACCGCCAGUGUAGCUUGGUCUCCUAAAAACCAACACCCAAUAUAUUUAGCAGCGGGUACAGCUGCCCAACAACUAGAUGCUUCCUUUAAUACCAGUGCAGCUUUAGAAAUUUACUCCUUAAAUUUGACAGAUCCUGGACCUGAUACACAGCUGGUUUCAUCUGUUCAAAGUGACCACCGCUUCCAUAAAAUCAUUUGGGGGAGCUACGGAAGCAACCCUGUAAAUAGUACUAUCAUAGGUGGUUGUGAUGGAGGAUUAAUCCAAAUAUACAAUGCCUCAAAGUUACUCAAAGGAGAAGAUGCCAUCAUUGGUAAGCAAGAGAAGCAUACAGGACCAGUACAUGCUUUGGAUUUUAACAAUUUCCAACAGAACUUGUUUGCUAGUGGUGCAGGAGAGUCAGAAAUCUUUAUAUGGGAUUUAAACAACACUAGUACUCCAAUGUCACCAGGUACAAAGAGUCAACCGUUGGAGGACGUUUUGUCAGUAGCAUGGAACAAACAAGUACAACACAUCCUAGCCUCAACUUUUCCCUCAAAAUGUGUGAUCUGGGAUCUAAGAAAGAAUGAGCCAAUUAUCAAGUUAACUGACACAGUGUCUAGAAUCAGGUGGAAAGUUGUUGCAUGGCAUCCAGAGGUAGCCACACAGCUGUGUCUGGCAUCUGAGGAAGACCAAGCCCCAGUAAUACAACUAUGGGAUCUAAGGUUUGCAACUUCGCCAUUAAAAACCCUUCAAAACCAUCAAAGAGGUAUUCUUUCCCUUGCCUGGUGUUCUGAGGAUGCAGAUUUAUUAGUAUCAUGUGGAAAAGAUAACAGGUUGGUAUGUUGGAAUCCCAAUUCAAAUCACCAAAAUGGAGAAGUGUUAGCUGAGGUAGCAAAAACGAAUCAGUGGAGUUUUGAUGUUGUGUGGUGUCCUAGAAAUCCCGCGUUGAUUGCUUCUUCGAACUUCGAUGGACAUGUUUCUGUAUAUUCCGUUAUGGGUGGUAAAACUCAACAAAUUCAAACAACCAAUAAAAUAGCCGAUAGCUUCCCGGGUAUGGAUGGCUAUGUGGAAGCACCAGUUCCACAACAAGACCUUGCUCCUGCCAGUGUUGAUCUCAGUAAACCACCAAAGUGGUUAAAGAAACCAGUCGGAGCACGUUUUGGGUUUGGAGGUAAACUGGUUACGUUUGAACAUGAAAAAGCAGCAAUCGCACAAGCCUUACAGAAUCUGCAACCUGGCCAACAACCGCCUCCAAUUCACAGAACAGUUCAGAUAAGUCAGGUUAUAACUGAAGCUGACUUUGUGCAGAAAUCAAACGAAUUGGAGAAAACAUUAGAAUAUGGGAAUUUUACAGACUAUUGUAAAGAAAAAUCUAACCAAACCAACGACCAACACAAGAAAUACAUCUGGCAUUUCUUGAAAGCGAACUUUGAAGAAGUUCCUCGGGUGGAGUUGUUGAAUCUGUUGGGUUAUAACCUCACGGAUGUUAAUGAUAAGUUAAAUGUGCAUGCUGGCGUGCAAAACGAAAAUAAUAUAGACGGACUAAGUGAAGAUUUUAUCAGCUCAAAUAGGAUAGAAGAUUAUAACCAACAAAACGCAUUUGACAACUUAGGAACACCGCAGAAAAAACGAAUAGAGCCUUUUAAAAUCAAUACUGGAGAUGAUACCGAAGGCCUUAUUACACAAGCUUUAUUACUUAAUAAUGUAGUUGCUGCUGUAGAACUUUGCCUUAAAGCUAAACGAUAUGCCGAUGCUCUGGUGAUAGCUACUACAGGUGGCCCCGAUUUAUUGGCAAAAACACAACUAAAAUAUUUAGAACAAUCGAGUGGGUAUGUUUCUACUCUUAUAUCUGCCAUCGUGUCCGAGGAUUGUAGCCUAAUUAUCAAUAACUGUGAUAUUAGUAACUGGAAAGAAGCCUUAGCUGCUGUUCUCACCCACGCUUCAGAUGAAGAUCUUCCCGGACUUUGUGAACAGUUGGGCAAUAGGCUAGAGGAAGAAAGCCAUAAUGAUCCUAAAUUAGCUAAUGAUGCUCAAUUGUGCUAUAUAUGUGCUGGUAGUUUCGAAAAACUCGUAUCAAGCUGGAGUGACAAUGCUUUGAAGUCUACGGACAAUCUGCAAGAGCUUAUAGAAUUGGUGACAUUUUUGCAAAAAGCCAUUGAAAGGCAAGGAAGGCAAGUUACGGUAUCUGGUGCUUUGGCAGACCUUCUCUCGCACUACUCUUCUUUAUUGGCGUCCCAAGGCGAAUUAUCAACGGCAAUAGCUUACUUAGGAAACUCUACCAAUGAAAAAGUAUCAACAUUACGCGAUCGACUGCAAGUAGCCCUUGGAGUAAAGCAAGUUCUCGCCCAAGAUCCUAGACAACCGAAUCGCAGAGGAAGUCAUCGCACUUCUUUAUCCACCAUUGGUAACAAUAGUUUUGCAAAUACGAAUCCGUUUCAACCACCACAAAGUAGUUUUGGAGCACCUGCUCAGCCUGCACCUGUACCCGCACCUGUUCCAAGUUACAACCAGUUCAACACAGGAUUGCCUAAUCCAUCAAUAAACAAUCAGCCAUGGCAACCACAACCCACGCAGUGUUUCCCUCAACCACCAAAGGCGUUUUCUCCAGCCCCUCAAGCGCCACCUUCUCAUCCGCCUAGACCUACCAGUGUUGGGUCCAACCAAGGUGGCUCAGGUUUACCAUCGAGAAAAUACGUACUGGAUCCAUCGGUAUCUUCAAAUCCCUACGGCUCUCCCCCAAACCAAUACGUUCCACCUCCAAUUCAUUCCUUCCAGCAAAAUAACGCCUUCCAGUCUAACCCCUACGCACCGCCAUCCGUAAAUUCGUCGCAGCUUCCACCACUAAACAACUCGUCGAUGCUAAAUCCAGUCGAAGUUCCUUCUAAUUCCAGUUUCAAUCUAACACCGUUGGUGCCUGCCCAACCAAGCUACGGAGGAUCUAAUCUAUCACUUCCACCUACAGACAUUGCCCAAGAAGCGACUACUACAACGACCCCCAGAUAUAGUAGUGCACCUUCUGGAUGGAACGAUCCGCCUCCUCCUCUUCACAAGCCUCUAAAGCAACAAAACAGCAGUCCAAAUGUAAUGGAACACGAAAUAAUGAGCGCCAGACAUGCUGGAGUGAAAUUAUGGCGAAAGCCAAAACCUGAACCGGGUGUAGUUGAUCCUAUCACCCAUCCGUUAUAUGGCGCAGCACCAGUUCAACCUAUGCCGAUACCCACAAAUGGAUACAGUGGUGACAUAAAUCCUCAAGUAGCACAACCUUAUAAUACAAUGUUCUACCCACAGAACGCACCGACAAUGUACCAACCCCAGGCACCAGCAAAUAACUUUGCUACCUCUUACAAUCCAGGAGGUUUCAACCAAAAUGCAGUGGUGCCUAAUUUAACUCAGCACCAACAACCACAAGAAAUCCAACAGGCAGCUCGGACGAUAACCCCACAACCGGUUCAAAAGGCGCCUAUACCGGAGGAACACCUACAUAUGAAAACGGUGUUCGAUGAACUCAAGAAUCAGUGCAGUUGUGCCGCUAAUAAUCCACAAACCAAAAGGAAAUUGGAGGACGUAGGUAGAAAAUUGGAAUUAUUGUAUGACGCCCUUAGAGAUCAAAAGCUUUCGCCUAACACACUGGCAUCCCUUCACGACCUGGUCCAGAUGAUCCAAACAGGAAACUAUACGGGAGGUUUGAAUUUGCACACGCAGCUCGUAUCUGGCCCAGAUUUCGCUCAAAUCGCCAGCUUCAUGCCAGGAAUCAAAGUAUUGUUGCAAUGCGCAUUGCAGUUGCAGGUCUAUAUUAGAUAGAAGAGAGUACAAAUGUUGAGGUAUCAUUUGUCUGAAGAAAGAACUGAAUCUUUGAUAUAGGAUAAUUACUCGACUUGGUCAGAAAAAGUCGAGGUUGUAGGUUUUAUAUAAAAAAAAGAUGAAUUUGUAUAAAAUAUAUAUACCAAAAUAUAUUUAGUGAUAAUUUUCUUUAUGGCUCAAAGAGUUGGCAGUUGUUUUUUUAUAUGAUAUAUGAAAUAUUUUGUGCUUUAAAAUAUAUUUUAAGUCAUAAUACGAACCAUAAAAAUAUAAAAAACCUAUUGUUGUAAAUAGUGUUUUCUUUCAUCAACAUUUAGUAAUAUAGAAGAUAUAAUAUAUCUAUCACAGCUUUAUAUUCAGCUAAUAAAUCAUUAUGCAGAAUUUUAAUAGUACCUAAUGGUUUACCUCAUUUAACCAUUUCUUCUUCACAUAGCCUUGAUCCUUUAUUAAAAAAUUGUUGUGUGAGAAUGAUAGUAUUUGAUCCCAAACUGACUCUUAACCGAACCUAAAAACCUUUUUCUUUAACCGUGUUUAUAAAGAAACAAAAUUUAGCAAAGAAGAGAUGACAAAAAUCUAUUAAUAGGACGUAUACACUGCCUUGUUACAAAAAUAUCAUAUUAAUCAGUAGCAAUUAAUUAUUUCGUAAUAUAUUAUAGAACCAAUGUGCAUUCAUUUAAAGUUUUUAACAAUUAACCAUAAAAACUAAACUAAAUGUAAUGAAAAUCAUAAUACUUCUAAUGUAAGAUCUUAAAUUAAUUAAUCGGUUAAAAAGAAAUUGAUAAUGAAUACAAUAGAAAUUUAUUAAUCAAAAAUGAAUAACCAUUUUCAAUUUCGUUGCUACACGAAACUACAGCCGCAUUAUAUUCUAGUUCAAUCAGAGAGUGCAGCAAGCACCUCUACCGGUUUCGAAACUUAUUAGUCUCUCAUCAGGAGGCACAUAUGCUGCUCUCUCUGACCCAACCAGGACAAAUCCCGGCGUGCAGUUACGAAUUGCAACGAACGAAAUGGUAGGGAUGCCCUGCAUCCCUAGAAAUUUAUUAAAUUGUUAUGACUGUGUGGUUUGAAUAAGACAAGACAAAUUUAAUAGGGAUAAUUAUGUAUGUGAAAAAUUAAGACAAAAGUGCAAAUGAAGACUCAUCGAGAGAUGGUUGAACCAAAAAAGAAAUGUAGAAAAAAAAAAGAAGGUAAAUCUUGGGGAGAAAAAAAAAAGAAGUGGUUAGGCAGAAAUGUCGAGGAAAUUGAUAAAAAUAGAAAGCAGAAUAAAAUCCCUAAGUGACAUUAAGGAUAUCGAGAAGAUAUAUAUUUUAUUAUAUAGUAUUUAUAUAGUUAUUUUCCUCCAGUUUCCUAUCUCUGCUUUUUUCUAACCAUUGGCUUACACCCGCCCUGUGAGAUCAUUUGGGAUCCUAUUUGAUAACAAUGUGAUUAUUGUCAGAUCAAACCAAUGAGAAAUGCAAACUCAGGCUACGAAUAAAUAAUCUACCAACUACAAACCAGUUGAAUUGGCUCAAGUACACGAUUUCAUCUAACGCUGACUAAGACUCUUAUUUUAUAAAUAAUAAAUGAGAACGCACUUCCAGUUAUACCAAAGUUAUAGUUCCUCUAAUCGGUUUAGCUCACGCUGGGUUAAGCUGUUUUGAAUAGCGACUAGACUAAUAGUAUUUAUGAAUCUGAAAGUUUGAUGCAUCCAUUCAGUAAAUUUUAUUGCAUUUGUGUGACAUUCCUUUUCCCAUAAGAUGUCUGCGAUGUCCUUUUCUGAAUGCUAUAAUUAAAUUGCUUAAUAUAUGUACGUAUGAAAGUAUUUCGUUUAUUCUAUUUUGCACAAUUUUUUUCUCAUCUCUGCAUCUAAAUCCGACAUUGCUUUGCUUGCUUUUACUUAUUUAGGUCUUUAGAGUUCUCUUGCAAUAAAUAUCCAUGAACAUGUAAUAGUAAGAGUAAAGCCACCUUUAUACGAUCAAUAUUAUUGAGACAAUAUCGAUAUUGAUCAAUAUAUUGAACUUGUAAGGAAUACAUUGAAACAAUAAUAUCAUUGAAAAAAUAUUGCAUCAAUAAUAUUGACCGUGUAAAGGUGGCUUAAGAACUACAGUGACUCCUUGAUCGUUUGUAAAAAUAACUGCCAAUUCUUAUAAUCUGAACGAUUUGAUAUAAAUAACAUACACAAUUUUGUAAAUUACAAAAAUACCUAGUAGUGUUUUCAAUUUGUGUGUAUAAUGCCUCUAGUAUUUCUAAAAACAAAUUAACUGAUGUUUAAUUGUUUUGUUUUUGAAGGUUUAAAUUUUUUACACUAUUUGUAAAGUUAUAAUGAGCAUAGAUUAUUAAUAAUAUGCAAAUAUCUAAGGUGCUUUUUAAUAAAUUAUAUUGAUUUUA